AUGGCUUCUCCCGGCGAGACCGCGCUGGCACAAGCCGGCGUCGGCGUCGGCGGUGGCGCCGGCCACGUGCUCCUGCUCCCGUACCCGAGCCAGGGCCACGUCCACCCGAUGCUUCAGUUCGCCAAACGCCUCGCGCACCAUGGCCUGCGCCCCACGCUCGCCGUCACGCGCUACAUCCUCGCCACCUGCACGCCCGACGCCGCCGCGAUCGGCGCGGUCCGCCUCGCCGCCGUCUCCGACGGCUGCGACGCGGGCGGAUUCGGCGAGUGCAACGACGUCACGGCCUACCUCUCGCUCCUGGAGUCCGCGGGGUCGGAGACUCUCGCCGAGCUCCUCCGGGCCGAGGCCGCGGCGGGUCGCCCCGUCCGGACCGUAGUCUACGACGCGUUCCUGCCGUGGGCGCGCGCCGUGGCGCAGCGGCACGGCGCCGCCGCCGUGGCCUUCUUCACCCAGCCGUGCGCGGUCAACGUGGUCUAUGGCCACGUGUGGUCCGAGCGGGUCGGCGUGCCGGUGGAGGCCGGCGCCACCGUCGGCCUGCCAGGGCUGCCGGCGCUGGAGCCGGAGGGCUUGCCGUGGUUCCUCAAGGUAGGGCCCGGCCCCUACCCGGGCUACUUCGAGAUGGUGAUGAGUCAGUUCAAGGGGCUGGAGCUAGCCGACGACGUGCUGGUCAACUCUUUCUACGAGCUGGAGCCACAGGAGGCGGCGUACAUGGCGUCGGCGUGGCGCGCCAAGACGAUCGGGCCGACGGUGCCUGCGUCCUACGUCGGCGACGACCGGCUCCCGUCGGACACAAAGUACGGCUUCCACCUCUUCGAGCUCACCGCCGCGCCAUGCGUCUCCUGGCUGUCCACCCACCCGCCGCGCUCCGUCGUGUUCGCCUCCUUCGGCAGCCUGUCCAACCUGGACCCUGCCGAGAUGCGGGAGGUCGCGGAGGGCCUCCUCGACGCCGGCCGCCCGUUCCUUUGGGCCGUCCGCUCCUCCGAGUCCCACAAACUGCCCGCCGGCUACGCCGACGCGGUCACGCCGCGCGGCGGGAUGGUGGUCUCAUGGUGCCCGCAGCUGGAGGUGCUGGCGCACCCGGCCGUGGGGUGUUUCCUGACCCACUGCGGGUGGAACUCUACGGCGGAAGCGCUGGUCGCCGGCGUGCCGAUGGUGGCGCUGCCGCAGUGGACGGACCAGCCGAUGAACGCCAAGUACGUGGAGGCCGUGUGGAAGGCGGGAGUGCGUGUGCGUCCGGCCGCCGAGGACGGGCUCGCGCGGAGGGAGGAGGUGGCGAGCGGGAUCAAGGAAGUGAUGGACGGCGAGAGGAGCGAGGAGUACAGGAAGAACGCCGCCGCGUGGGCGGAAAAGUCCAGGGCGGCAAGCAGGGAGGGCGGGAGCUCCGACACGAACAUCGCCGAGUUCGUCGCCAAGUACGCGUCAUCCGAGUGAUUUGAUCAUCUAAAGUACAUUUGUACCCGACGCUGGCUUGUUGGCUGGAAAUAAAGUACUGUAGAUUAUAAAAAAUACAGUAUGAGCAUCUAAAAAGGAUUUUUAAAACUUGUUCUCAAA